GUUGCACCGUUGAAGUUCAUAGUUCAAGCAUACAGUAAAAAUAGGGUACUUGCUGGGUGGCUGCUUGUGUGUUCGCUGGGAAUAAUAAACAACUUGGUCGUCACUGAACACUUUAUUCGGUGGCCACCGCACCGAAGACCGGCAGAGGAAACCGAAGAUGGCCCUCAGCUAAUCGGCUCCUUCUCUUGCUCUGUUGUCAGCGGAUUUACGGAACGACGGCUAGCUGGGUGCUAACGUUAGCACGCUAGCUUGCCAGUAGCACAUAGCUAUAGCAACUGCUGCUAGCUAACGUCACUGGACUGGUACUCUUUGCUCUCAAGACUGCAGCUAUGUUUGUCCAAGAGGAGAAGAUAUUCGCCGGUAAAGUGUUGAAAAUACACAUCUGUACCAUGGACGGCACGGAGUGGUUGGAGGAAGUCACGGAAGAUACCACUGUAGAGAAACUGAAGGAGAAGUGCUUGAAACAUUAUGUUCAUGGAAGUCUAGAAGACCCCAAAACGCUUACCCACCAUAAACUCAUACAUGCUGCUACAGAGAGAGUCCUCACAGACACUAAAACUGUCGCUGAUGAAAAUCUCAAAGAUAAAGAGGUUUUGCUGCUCAUAAAGAAAAGACCGCCACCAACCGCUCCCAAGAUGGCAGACGUUAGCUCUGAUGAAAAGAAGAAACAAGAUAACAAGGCUCCAGACAAAGAUACAAUUCUGAAAGCCACUGGCAACCUGUCCACACGCCACACUGACCGCACUGUGACCCAGCAUAACAUUAGAGAUUUUCAGACGGAGCUUCGAAAAAUCCUGGUUUCACUCAUUGAAGUUGCCCAGAAGCUUCUUGCCUUGAACCCUGAUGCUGUUGAACUUUUCAAAAAGGCAAAUGCAAUGUUGGAUGAAGAUGAAGAGGACCGGGUGGAUGAAACGGCCCUUCAGCAGCUCACUGAGAUGGGUUUCCCUGAAAGCAGAGCGAUCAAAGCUCUUAGAUUGAAUCACAUGUCAGUCACUCAGGCAAUGGAGUGGCUUAUCGAGCAUGUAGAUGACCCCUCUGUAGACACACCUAUACCCGGCCAGGACUCUUCUGGGGCAGUAGGAGCCACGGCUGCCGCCACUCCAAGCUCCUCAGCCGCGGCCUCAGCUGCAGCCUCGGCCUCUGCUCCUAACCUUCUCCGCAGCCUCUCCAGCCAGUUGAGCACAGAAGAGAGCAGCAGGCAGGACGAGCUCACAGAGAUCUUCAAGAGGAUCCGCAGGAAACGGGAGUUCAGACCGGACUCAAGAGCUGUUAUUGCAUUGAUGGAGAUGGGGUUUGAUGAGAAGGAGGUGGUUGAUGCUCUGAGGGUGAAUAACAACCAACAGGACGCUGCGUGUGAGUGGCUACUGGGAGACAGGAAACCUUCUCCAGAAGACCUAGACAAAGGCAUCGACACCAACAGCCCGCUGUUCCAAGCCAUUCUGGAGAAUCCAGUGGUCCAGUUGGGUCUAACCAAUCCCAAGACCCUGCUAGCGUUUGAAGAUAUGCUCGAGAAUCCUCUGAACAGCACCCAGUGGAUGAACGACCCUGAGACUGGCCCUGUCAUGCUCCAAAUAUCCAGAAUCUUCCAGACCCUCAAUCGCACAUAGAGCCUCCUGGUGACCCCCUGUGUGACUGUGGCAGCUUGUGUGUAUGUUCGACCAUGUUGGGGUGUGUGUGAGUAUGGAUGUACGUGUAUCUGAGUGUGGCAGAGACACACGUAUUGUUUUUUGCCUUGUAAAGACAAAGCUGGAGGAGUCAAAGUAUGAAUUAAGAUGUUACACAUAUACCUAUUUAUAACAGUAGAGUAAAAAACACUUAUACAAAACCAAUGUUAACAUAAACAUUAUUACAGUAAUAAAACAAGAUUGAUUAUGUUUUUACAUUUUAAUGAGAACAAUUUAUAGUCAUGACAGAUAUGAUUUAUUUUACAUAAUUUCUCCAUGUGCAAAAAAUGACAUCAGACAUUAAUUCAAUGUUUACACUUCAAAGAAAACUGUUUUUGUAUGUUUUGCAAUAUUUAAAUAUCAAUAACAGUUUUGUCCGUCUCUUCAAAUUGUUACAUUUUAUCUGUGGUGAAUGUGUGGAAGACUUCUGUCAGUAUCAUGUUUUGUUUUUCUUCUCCCUUUGUCUUUGUUUUUAUGUAAGUAACUGCUUGGAAUUGAGAGGCCGGUGGUUAAAGUUGAGUGUAUGUUCAGCUUGUUUAAAAAUGGGCUUUCAGACGCAUUACUGUUGUCUCAAUCCAUGCCUGGGAGGUCAUUUUAAGUCAACCGCCUCUCAGUUUAAAGCGGAGAACUUAUGUCCUUGAACUUCUUCAAGAAUAUUUAUUUGACUUUCUUGCCUUUUAGACAGAAGCUGUACACUAAACUGUUUGUGUCUUAGUCAUGUUUUACAAGAAAAUGAUAUAUUAGGCCUGUGUGUUUAUUGUCAAUGUGCUCUUGAAUGUCAUAUUAUCAUGUUGCGCUCAUUUAGCACUUGUUCACCUCUAUGGAUAUCAUUUACUGCAGCACUGAGGAAGUUAAAAGAAGGGUUCAUGUUUUGUCUCAAAAAGCUGUAGUGGGAUGUUAAAUGAAGCUGAGCCUAAGCGAAAGGGGUUUGCCUUUUUAACCUUUUAAUUUGAAUGAUGAAGAUGCAUGUUCACUUUUUGCUGCGAAGGUUCAAGCAUCUUCAUACACAAUACAUAAAUAAUAGAAUUUGAGACACAACCAUUGUUGGUCUUUUGGUUUACUUUUAUUCUUUUGAGAGCAGUGAACAUUUAUGCUGUCAAACCAAACCAAAAUGUUACUAUAUAACCUGCCUUGUCAUUAGUUGUACCCAUUGAAAAAUACCCUGUAUUUCUGUGCAAUAGCAAAGAGUUCUAUUGACCUGUAAAGAAAUAUAUUUGAUUUGAGUGUUAGAGAUGUGUGAGCUGCAAUGGGUACUGUGUUCUACAAUAUAAGUCUUUGCAUUGAGUACUUAAAAGAUCUAGUACCAUGAGUUAAAAACAAUAUGGAGGGUGGUGUGUUUUGCCAAGCUUUUGAGUGUUUUUAUUCAAUAUUUGAAAUGUGGUAUUGAUGUGACUUUCUGCUCAGGGAGGCUGAGAUUGUUUUUCUAAACCUGUUGUUAUGGCAAGCCUCUGCUCACCCCCUUCUAGUCUGGCAUUUAAAAAUGGCUUUAACUAAUCUGUCUAGAACUUUAUGAAUAAGAGCACUACAAGACAUGGUUUCGUAAAUGCAAUAUUUGAAAAUAUUUAAAUGUUUUUAGAGAGAAGUUGUCUGUUUGAACUAUGUAUUAUUACAUUAUUUAUAUCGAAGCCAAACUAGUUACUUGUUCUUAUUUAUAACAUUUUAAGCAAACCUGGAUGCUAAUCUACAAAUGUGAAAAAAUUAAAUGAUUCAAAUGUUGUUUUUACAAACCAUUGUAAAAUGUGCUUUGGACUGGUAGGUCUCAGUGUGGUUUAAAAGUAGUGCAACAUGUUUGCCUGAAGAAGGAUUUCUACCCACUCUGGAAGCCUCUCUGCACACUUUCUGCACUGCAGUGGACCUUCAUCAUAGCCACAGUGACUUUGUCACCUCCUCCAUGCAUUGCAUUAGUAUGCAUACAAAACUCUCCCCUAAUAUCUUGAACAAACAUUGGGAGAUUUGACUUCUCUAAAAACGUCCACAGGAAAUGCAGACACCUUUUCAAAAUGGUCAACAGAAAAGAUCAAAUUGAACUUUAUUGCUUAGGGACACUGAAGGAUUUUUGGAGUCACAGGUUUUUCCACUCAGCUUUCAUGCAGGACUGUCCCCAUUAACAACCUAUGCAAUAUACUCUCACAGUCUGUUCACUCAGACAGCCUCAUGGCUACAGGCAUUCAAAUCACCAUUGCAUUAAAGUUAUUUUUGUGGCUGU